AUGGGAAACCUCUUUACCGACAAGAUGUCGUCUUCAGAAAAGCGCGACAUCCAAAGGAGGCUCGAGCGCGGCAGCAUGCCUCCACGCAUACCGACUGGCUUUCCAGGAGUCAAUCCAGAAGGUUACCUACAUCACGGAACUCCACGAUCGUCGCAAUCCCGUAGCAGUGUCCCGGCUAGUCCAAGAAGCCGGAAACCGAGGAACGUCGACCGCAUUUUCGAUGGAAGUGGCCAUAUCAGCGACACAGGUCGCAAGUUUCGCCGUCGGCCAAGCAUCGAAGCACGCACAAGAAAGAGCGAUUAUCAUACGCUGCUUGAAGGCGGGAGCCUGUGUAGUGACGAUGAAGUCAUCGAUGAUGGUGACGCGGACGUGCGAGGACCUGUGCAGUCAGAAUCUGUGAAAGAGGAGUCAUCCAACGGAGUUCAGGUACACUUGGCACCGCCAAUACCAGAUGCGGCUGUGGAUGCACCGAGACAGUCAAUGAUCAGCGUUCUAUAUGGCCGUCAGAACCCGGAUUCUUGGUACUUGACACGGCGCUUGGCCCGGUUGUCUGCUGUCAACAUUGAUACCGAAUUCGAUUCGACCAUUCUGCUCAGACGCCGCAACAUCGACGCCGAUGCAGCAGAACUUCACCAACUAUGGCGGCGCACCGGUGUUAUACCCACCCGCUAUCGCGACGUCAACUUCGACUCCGACGGUAUCAACCCGCAGCAUACGUGGAUAGCAUGUUGGCCAUUGAUCAACGCAGCGAUACACGGCUACGUGAUAGAUGAUGUCGAAUUCGUGGACCGCGUCAUGGAUCUACUCGAAGAGAAAAUAGUCAAGGGCGUACGACCGGAUAUCGAUACAAUCUCGCACAUAUUUGGCGAGAAAAGACGUAACAUGCCGAAGGCUCUAGGCCGCUUUCUAGUCGAUCGAUGGGUUGACAACGCGACGGAAGAAUUCGACGACGUCGACCCGUCGGACUUGCCACAGCCUUUCGUCUGUUCCGCGCUUGAGACAGCUAUGCGACGCCUCUCAAGCGACAAAAGGUCGCCACCACUGCUAAACUGUCAGUAUCAUACGCAUGCGACGCCCGAGGAGUGCUACAAGCAGAGAAUUGCGCCCGAGGAAGCAAAAAGACAACAACGCUAUAAAUACCGACGCGAGAAAGCGAGCCGCGAAGCUGAGCAGGUCGCUGCAGAUUCUAUUGAAUGUGGCAUUGUGGUGGUUGACUGGGAGGGGCGAAGACUCGAGCAGCACAGGAGGCUGCGCGACGGAAGUGAUGCUUCUUUGCCUGCUUUCGAUGACCGGAUUGGAAGUGCAGACCAAAUGCGCAAGGCAGAUCCUUCCAACGGACUUGAUGUACUAGACGACACAGACGCGAAUAACCGGCUCAAUGCAAAAUCUUCGUCGUCGUCCAUAUUCGGCACGGCGCAAGCUGCCGGCCCCGUCGACGAGGUGAAGUUCGCGCCACCAACACGCGAGCCACAGGCGCCGCCAUCGCCAACCGCACGCGUCAAACGCGAUGACAGCGCUGUUGAAGGCGACCAGGCCUAUGAACGACUUUUGAUGGAUGAGAAAACCCAGUUCUCGUUGUUUGACAGCGCGAUGCAGGCUGUGAAGAUCGAAGGGGACAGUGAGUCAAUCGCGUUGGACGCACCUGCCAUGCCGCGAGACUCAGACGCGAACGCACGGACCGUCUCAGGGGAGAGUCCACGCCGAAGAGAGCGCAGAACAUGCCCCGGAUCGUUUCCGGAGUCGAGAUAUGGGGGUUUGAAUAAGGCUGAUACCGCGUAG